ACCUCUUGGAUUCAAUACAUUGUGUAAAGCAUUUGUAUUAUUUUGAACUGUUAAUAUGUUCUUGUAAAGUCUCAUUUAUUCCAAGCGUCAUCACCAGGAGAUGAGAACACAAUAUCCCAAAAUGCCCUGUAAUGAAGACGUCACAUAAAAAUGGCGGCCUCAAACGUUAACAUGGAAACUGUAAAAAAGUUACUCGAGGAGAGUCUUGGAAAACUCGGAUUUGAAGUGUACACCUUGAAGGUGGGUUGGUACAACUCUGUGUUGCCCGCCAAGCUGCACCUACCUUACGCGGAUGACAGCUUGGCCGUGUUGAUCCUCAGCACUCCCUCCAUGUUCGAGGAAGCCUUCCUUCCCUUCAUGAAGGAGAGAGGAUGCCAAGGACUCUCUGACCCCAUUGACCAGUGUGUCAAACACUGUGUCACCUCUGCUGUCUCUCAGAGCUUUGCUGGACAGAAGGUUGACGUGAGGUACGACUACGAGCUGCUACCCAGCAGGAAGCCCAAAUUCUUAGCGCAGACUGCCGCACACGUGUCAGGAGCGGCUUUCUACUACCAGCAGUCUGACGUCAGCGACCAACCCUGGGCUAACAAAAAAAUGUUCGGUGUGUGCGUGCAUCCCAAAUUGGGAGGCUGGUUCGCCAUCAGAGCUCUGCUGGUUUUCCAAGACGUCCAUAUGGACCCGGAGGAGGUCCAGCCUGACCCUCCGGACUGUGUGCCUACCAGGGAGGCCAGGAUUCAUUUACUGGAGGAUUUCAACUUGCGGUGGCAGGACUGGAGCUACAGGAACAUCAUUACUCCUUCGCAGACUUACUCCCAGAAACAAAGGGACUAUUUCUCCACGCCACCUGCCCAGCGACAUGCUCUUCUCAGGAGUUGGGGUCUCCUGCCUGAGUCGGACGACGUGCCCUCUCACAGCCCGGGGGAACACGCUCAGGUGAAUGGACACGGCUGAGAUGGAAAGGUGCUGUAUUUGUAUUCUAGCUUUGUUCAUCAAGGCUAAGACAGACUCACACUAGCAAAAACGGCUUCUCGUCAUUGGAUGCCUUUAUAUAUAUUUUUUAAAUUUCGGGGAGUAAUAUUAAGCUGUUUUUACAUGGAUGAUGUAGUCAUGCGGUAGUGGUUUUUAAAACGAUAUAUUGGAAAAAUAGCUGCAUACCGUAGUCGUGGUUAGUACAUCUGCCUUUGGGUUGUGAACUUUUGGGUGUGAAUCUGGCCUCUGGCAUCCCGUGUGGCGUUUGCUUGUUCUCCCUCUGCUUGAGUGGGUUUUCUCCAGUUUUAUUGCACAUCUUAAAACAUGCAUGUUAGCUCAUGUUAGGUUGCAAGUGCAAAGGCUUGAGAGAGCUUCUUGUUUAUACGUAUUUAACAUUCUUUCAAUGCUGGCGCGACUUUAAUUUAUUGGUGUUUGUGGGUCAUAUUUUGUCGUAAUUUCAGUCCAGAGCGUGACAUUCAUCUCCAUGGAUGUAAUUGUCUUGCUAUGGAUGAAAAGAAAUGGACAUCUUCAAAAUAAAUCUGUACAUUAAAGUGCUUGGUGAUUGAUUUAUUCUUAAUUUGCUCUUACUUGGG